CUUACUUUGCAUAUGUAUCAAUGUCUAAUAAUAAUAAUAAUGAUUUGUAAUUCUGGAUUGCGGAAGUUUGCACCACUGACAUUAAGGGUAGAUCUACUAAAGAAUAAGAGUUUUCUCUCCACUUUGACACCGUUGUUAACGCAGACUAUGGCAAGUUCGGACUUCAACGCUUUUCGCUACCAGUUCGGCAAGUCUAAAAACAUAGUGGUCCUCACUGGUGCUGGGGUUAGUGCGGAGAGCGGAGUACCCACAUUUCGAGGUGCUGGUGGUUUGUGGAGGAAAUUUGCGGCCCAAGAUUUAGCAAAUCCAGACGCAUUUUACAGGAAUCCGUCACUCGUUUGGGAAUUUUAUCAUUACCGACGGGAAGUUAUGGCAUCUAAGAACCCUAACCCGGCCCACAUUGCUAUUGCCGAGUGCGAAAAAAGACUUAAACCCCAAGGCCGUGAUGUGACCGUUAUUACUCAGAAUAUCGACGAGUUACACCAUCGGGCUGGAUCAACGAAUGUUAUUGAGCUCCAUGGAAACCUUUUCAAAACGAGGUGCACAAAAUGCCAGGAUGUUCGAUUUAAUCGCGAUAGCCCCAUAUGCGAAGCGUUGGCUGGAAAGGGGGAACCAGAUCCAACGGCUGUCGAUGCCCGAAUUCCGGAAGAGAAACUUCCACGGUGUACAAAGGACAAUUGUGGUGGACUUCUUCGCCCUCAUGUUGUGUGGUUUACUGAAUGCUUGGAUAGCUCUGUGCUGCAGGCAGCACGCGACAAACUGGACGCAUGCGACUUGUGUCUAGUGGUUGGAACGUCAUCUGUUGUGUAUCCCGCGUGCUUGUUUGCUCCUGAGGUUGCCUCAAGGGGAGUUCCUGUUGCCGAGUUCAACGUGGAAGAAACAGACGUCACUCACAGUCUUGGAUUCCAUUUCCGAGGCCCUGCUGGGGAGUGGCUUCCUAAAGCUUUGGCUCCUCACCCUGACGAGAAGAUAUAGCUAGAGAAGAUAUAUUUUAUUUAAUUAGGCUUCGUGCAUACAGUAUCAAGCGUACUUAACAUCUGACAUCGAGGCUCAAUUCGGCAUUGUGCAGUGUUUCGUGUAAGAAAUUCAUCACAUACAAAUAAGUAAAUAUUGUAUAUAGAUCUUACUCAAGAAAUGCAUGUUGACCGAAGAUGAUGAUUUUUGGAUGUACGAAAGUUAUUUUUGCUUUAUUUUGUCUUCUUCUCCUUGUUUUGAAUGGUUUUUGUUGCAUUCAUUCGUGAACAUUAAUUUUCCUCAAAGAAAAAGAGCAGUAUGGCAUGUUAAUUGGUAAAAUAUUAAGAAAUUUUUGAGUUUGGGAUCAAUAAAAUUUCUUAAAUUAAAGUAA